GGAGAUGAGUUAGCAUGGUAAUUGAAUUCCAUGCGUGGGGUCCUAUCGGGCUGUGGCAUUUUAACUCUCGUUGCUGUUUAUGGGUAGAGUUUGAGUUGGGGGAGUUCAGAUCGAUCUCCUGAAUUCGUACCCUUGUGCUCUGAUGUCUGCGAGUUUGCCUUUCUUUCAUAUGCAGGGAGGUGAAAUUGUGAGGUUGGGCGUCUUGUAGGACUCUUUUUUGCUGCAGCUGUGGCGUGGUCUUUGUCUUCCUCCGCUUCUGCACCCAUAUAUCGUCUUUCUCUCGCUAAUUCAUAGAGAGUUCAAAGAACUUCGUCUCAAUUUGGCAUUGCCUCUUCUUACAUUGUCUCCCUCUUCGAAACGAAGCCGAUCAACUGGCUGGUUUUUUAAAAUAUGAAUCUUCUCACAGAAGGAAUCAUCUUCUUCUAGAAUUACAUGAGAGCAGUGCUUUUGGUUUUUGGGGACAUAUUUGUCUUCCCGAAGCGUUAGUUACAUGUUCCUAUUCUUUGGCACCUGUGAUCGCCUAUGUAAGUUUUUCCAGUAAGUUGAAUCUUGUAAUGCAGAGAAACAGCAUAUUUCAAGCGAGAUUAGGCGACGCUUGUUAGCGUUCGAUGCUGAUUUGAGCUGUCCAGAACACUUGAGAACCCUGUAAUUACUCAUUUCUGGUCAUGGGAGAGACAUUCCGCUUGAUUGCCACAACCCCUAGCAUGGGUUUAGUGUCUCAGUUGCUCGCGAGCAUAGAGAGAAUUGGAAAUGCAGGGUUGUAUUCCGCAUCUACCCAGCUUUGAUGGCUGGUCGACUUCAGCGGAGGAUGGCGCAUAAUUCCCUUACCGUGUCAAAGGUUAGCAAGCGCAGUCCUCAGAAAGGGUUAACUGUACCUCAUUCUAAGAUUUUUGAGGGACUUUGGAAUAAGCAGAAUGUAUGUAGGCGUGUGAUACUUAAGGGAAACAUGCACAUGCGUAGGAAACCACAGAAUUUGUGGGAAAAGACGAAGGUUGCAGGGUUAGACAUGCUAGGGGAGGUAAAGAAUCAAAAGAAGCUCCUGGAUAGUAGGCGUUCCCUACGACCUCUUCUAGACGCCAUCCGUUUUGUGGAGUCUAGCAACAGAGCACACUGUCCUGACGGUGACAAUGGCGCUAGCAUUGGCCCCCUGCAGAUCUCAGAAGAGUAUCACACGGAUGCCUGGAAACACAAUAAAUCUUUUGCUUGGUCUCGUUGCAGGGAUUUGGAGCAUGCCGAAAAUACUGUAGUAGCCUACUGGUCGAAAUAUUGCAAGGACGCAUUGUAUAAGAGAGAUUGGGAGACACUUGCUAAGACGCACAAUGGGGGGCCCCGAGGACCUGCCAAAGAGAAGACUGUGUAUUACUGGAGCAAAGUAUUGACCCGUCUUCAGCAAUCUAAUCUUGAUGCAUACAACGAAAAUACUAAAACCCAAACUUCUCGAACACCUUGGAGAAUUCCGAAAUCAUACUCAUGUUCUAAGUCUGAUGGCAUCAGGACUUUGAAAGAUCCGGAGAAAAGGCGAGGGUUCCUUAUGGCAGCCAGAACAAGCAAACCAUCUAUUCCCCUAAUCAAGAAAGACAAUAGGAUGCCUACACCCUUGCGCAAGAGCAAAGUUCGAAAGUCUGGCAAAGUAAGACAUUACAAGAUAGAAGCCACUCCUCAUACGCCCAGGAUUGGAGCCAGACCUCGAACGCCUCAAUCUGCUUGCUCGAAGCAGCACUCACCCCUUGUUCUACGUAGGUCACAAAUAAAAUUUAAGUGGCAUCUACCAGAAGACAGAUUAUCUGAUCGAGUUUCACCUCAAUGUGCUCUUCAUUUGGGCUAUUGGAACUUUCCCUGGUCGGUCAAGAGAGAGAAAGCAGCAAUCGUGAUUCAGGCCCACUGGCGCAUGUGUUUGUUGACACACAGAUAUCGUAGCCUUCAACAUGCUACCCUUACAAUACAAAGACGAUGGCGAGAAUCAAGGGGGAUAUCAAGACGCAUUGUUUCAACAUUAGAUAUUUUAGGGAAGGAAAUGGAUGUUGCAUUUUGCGUGAAGUCCAAGCCCUGGAGAGAAAGCAACGAACCUGAUGAUCUGGUCACUAAAACUCCUGUGGAAUCACCGUGCGAGAUAUCAGCGGAGAAGGACUUCCAGAGAAGUUUGAAGUCGCCCGGACUUGAAGUUAAACGUCUUUAUAAUGAAAAUAUUUCAGCUAUUCAAGAGGAUGAAAUUUUUACAGAGUUUCUGAGUUUUUUACCGUGUCCUGAGCACAAGACCGCAGAGAGUGAUUGUAGCAACCCUUUCAUGGUUUCUAGCAAUUCACAGGCAGAGAAUUUUUGUGAAAACGUAGACCGGCCUUCGUCCUAUCCAAAGACGUGGCUUUAUGACAUGUGUAAUCUGGACAGUCCUGCCUGUUCACCUGCAAAGGAUCUUACUUUCGCCAAGUUUAGCAUAGAUGGAUCAUUGCCUUCCACACCUAUAAAAGAAUGGAGCUCCCAAAAGUGGGAUCCUGCUAUUACUUUACCAAUGGAUCCAGGUGUGAAGGAUUCUAUGAUUUUAAAUUUGUUUGAGCUUCCAUAUUCCCCAACUAAGGAAUGGACUUCUCCGCUCGCUGAAGGUCAGAAGCCCAAUUGUGUCAUUGAAAUAUCUUCCUACGGGGGAUUUCAAGGGGAGCAUCUCCAACUGCCUAGUGAGUGGUUCAUGGACCUUGAUGAAUCGGAUGUCCCUGAAAGCUGCUGGAAUACAUCUGGAGUGACAAACAUUUCCUUUUCUCCUAUUUCGAGCCCGAACAUGAAGUCCCAGCAUAGUUUUACAGAAGCCUCUGCCACAGGUGGUGAGAUGGUGCUGUUCUCUCAAGCGCUGGUGUGCAUCCCCGAAGAAGCUUCUCACAACGUUUUACCUUCUCAUCAGGUUAGGGGCUGUGUUGUGAAGACUCCGCUUUUAGGUAAGCGCACACCUCAUAUAUCCCCCAAGACCAUUGACCUGUCCCGCUGGAGAGACACAACCUUAAAUGAAGAAGAUAUUGAUAGUUUCAGUUUGACACCUUCUGCCAGUGUGUCCACUCACGGAUUCGAUCUAGGCUCAGACUCUCCAGUUCCGCCAGCGUUGGAAGAAGAAUUUCUGGAUGAGCUCAACAAACUUAUCUUAGGGUCUCCAGAUCCGAAAUUUGGUCCAUCAGGCGAUCCAACCUCACCAGCUGCCUCUUGUGAGCAGAUUAAUGACGUGCAUUGGUCAGGAUCUCUCAAAUCUCCUCAAUCUGAAACCAUAAGCAGAGCUUACGACGGGAUCUUAGGUAGCAACGGUCUCUUGAUGGAUUCAACAAGUAAGCUUGAUUUCAACUUGGAUGAUGGCAAUGAACUGGAAGUUUCACAGCAAGAUGUAUCUUUCAUUCAAGGGAAAGGCGAUACACUUGCUGGCAAAAAGCUUCUCGAGAUUUAUGAAGAGCUCGAUGAUUCAAGAGCUUCCAAAGACUCACGAAGUUACAGUAAAAGGUGUCAGAGUACAGUUACUGAAUUUCUGCAGCUUGUUGAGCAAAACCUUGGUGUAAAUAACACUGAAACUUCUUUCCGAAGGAGCUCAUAUAUAUCACCAAUCAUGACCUCGUCCACAAAGUUACAGGAUAAAGAAACACCUCAACUUACUGCAUUUGCUGAUGAAGACGACUUUUGUGACAAGGCUGUAGAUGGGAAUGUCGUGGCUGCGAAGCCCACACCGCAGGAACGUAUCUUCGAUCUCUCGCCUGAUAUCUUUCAUGCUUCUGUGGGGUGGGAAACAGCAUCACCUGGAGAUUCUCCAAAACGUAUGUCAUUUAUUCAAUUGGGCGAGCCUGUCGUCAAUUGUGCCACUAUGGAUCAGUACUUCACUGAUUUUAAUCAACACUACAGUAGCUUUAUCACACCCAAAAUACAGCGGUCUAGCAACUCAGCGUCAAGGUCCUGCGAGGCAAUCGGUAGAUCAAAGCCCCCGUCGCAUUCAAUGACCAGGCGAAUCUCCUUCUAUCAGACAAGCCACAAUUCUGAUUCUGAUCUCUCCCAUUCAGAGGUAAAGAGUCCCUUGCUGGCAGAGAAAACUUUCAGUGACAGUCUCCAUCAUACCAGCCCCGUUACCCCUGAUGACCAGUGCUUGGAUAUGGCACCGUAUACUUCCAGCGUUGGCGCUCAUUGUAAUCACGACAGAUCUAGUGCCUUGUCAGUCUCUAAAAAAUAUUUUCUUCAGAGCCCAUCUUCAAGAUUUCACGGGAAAUGUGACUCUGAUGCGGAGAGCGUCGUAUCCUCUAGAAGCUUUCAUCCUGCUAGAAAGAUUCCUUCGCCGUCUGAAGACAAUAAGAAAGGGUCUGGAAAGCGUGCUAGAGCACUGUUCCCUGGGCAGGAAUCAACACCCAGGAGCGGAGAUGGGUGCUCGAAAUCUAGUAGGCUUCAUCACUCUUCUUCUGAGGGCAGUUACGAAGCCUUGCUUAAAAAUAGAAACGUUCUACGUACCUGGGGAGCAGGAAGUGCUUCUGGUCCUCUGCUCCAGGCAUCUGAUUUGGACGAAUCUGAUUGCAGCUUUAGGAAAAGCAGCGGAUCUGCUUGGGAUUGUGGGUUAAUUUCCGAUUGUGGAAUGAUGGUGGAUGACGGCUUGAAGUAUCUCGAGACUCCUGGACCAUCCCUGCACGAUCUCUGCAAAUUAUGGGAUGAGGAGUGUGUAGACCUUGUGACUAGAUCUCUUAAGUACAAGAGCUUGAUGACAGAUUCUAAUAUGCUCCACCAAGAGGUUGAGGAGGCAUUCAAAAAACCAGAGCCCACCAGCCCACAGUCAAUAGCGUGGGAGAUUCAAAACAUUGAAAGACUCUUGGAGAAGCUGGAAAAUAGGGAGUCAAUGAAGGAGCUUAUUAAACAGCAACGAGAUACUAUCUAUAUCAACAUUGCAACAAAUGCAAGUAUGCGAGAUCGGUAUCGCUUGUACAGUAAAUGGGGUAUUCGCAGGAUGUCGAGGGGGAGGUUGAGGAAGGUUAUCUACGACUUGCUCUGGAAGGAUCCCAAAAGAUACCAUGCCAGCGCCGAUCUUGUACUGAAGUACCUGUAGCCCCAAAAAAUUUACAACGGCAUUUUGUUGAGCGCCUCAAUCUGUUAUACCUCAGAUGAAGUCAGUAGGUACCAACUUCACCUACAAGGAGCCAUCAACAUGUACAGAAGUUGGGAGUCUUGUAAUUAAUAUGUUAUAGCCGUUCUAAGCUAUAAGAAGUCAUCACUGAGUAGGAAUAUGUGUCUCAGCAUCACAGUUCGCCUGGAGUCCUUAGUGAGAUCCAGUGCUGUAGUGCACGAGAUGUCUUAGGGGAGCAUAGAUAUGAAAAAGCCCAAUUGGAAUGGAUCAGCCAAGAAAUGAGAAACUGGCUCCACAAAAUAUAAUCUGUCUUAUUUGUUGGCCUCUUUGGAGGUGAUAAUAAAAACUGUAUUUUUUCUGAAGGAAA